GUGUUCAUCGACACAGACGACUUGGUGGAUCUGGAUGGGCUCUUUGACGUCGUCGCCAGCGAGACCGAGGUGCUCAUCCUCGUCGCCUCUGAGGGGGUGCUCAUGCGUCCGUGGUGCGUAGGGGAGCUCGUCACGGCCAUGGAUCGAGGUGUUGAAGGCAUCUGCCUCCGGCUGCCAGACUUCAGACAUCCCGAUGACGACUUCAUCGAUGAUUACCAGUCCUACGUCAUCGACUUGUCCGUCCUCACCAGCCGUGGCAUCGGCGUUAGCGAGAUGCAGAACGCGAUCCGGUGGGCCUGCGGCCUUCCAUGGGUGACGGUGCCUGCGGCCCUGAACGACGCCAAGAUGCAAGAGGUGGUGGAGGAGGCAGCGACGCGACGUGGUUCUCCUCCUGCUGCCCAUGUUCGCCAUGCCACAUCAUCGAAGACCAGCCCCACUCCGUUAUCUGCGGCGAUGACGGCUAGAUCAGCACGGACAGUGGUUCACAGCACGAAGCCGACGGAGAUCCGUGCUAUUGCGGCGCCAAGGGAAGUGGAACAUUGCAACUACAUCGUCCGCGACGACUUGAAUCUCGAGGCGACCUGCACCGGCAUGAUCCUGGCGCGGUUGCUGUACCCACACUUUGCUCACGUGCCUGAGGAGCUGCCCAAGGUCUUGGGCAUCGGGGAGCCCCUGCCCCUCACCGCGAAGAGGGUGAUCUUUAUCUGCACCAACGGCGCCCUGGAACAGGAGAACGUGCUCACCACCCUCUCCAGGGCGCUCGACGCGGGCGCGAGGUUCAUUCCUGUGCUGCUCGACGACGACUUUCGCUUCCCGACGGCCUGCUUCGGCAGGAAGCACUUCGAGCUCGCGCAGAAGGUGGCGGGUACUGCGUCGGGCGCCACGGCGCUGACCGAGGCAGUGGGCGACCUCUUCAAGAUCGUGGCCCUCCCCUUCCACUCCGAUGUCGCGACCGAGCUGGCACUCAAGGGCCAGGCGCUCGAGAUCGCAGAGCGGCUGCACAGGAGAUCUCC